AUGCACGAAUUUGUUAUAAAUGCAUUUUUGUCAACUGAUGACACUGAUAAUAAUGAUCUGGGUGAUCGUAGCUUUGAUGAUAAUGAUGAUGAUACUGGUAGUUUUACAACUCGUCGAUCUCGCCCGUCUCGUCCAUCAUAUACACGUCGACCAGGUAGUUCAAGACACACACAUAGACCACGGAAUUCAACCAACAGUAUGAAGGUACGUUCGCUCAUACCAUCAAACAUUUGCGCAUCAGGUACGUGCAGAAAUGGUGCCAUUUGUUCUUCACAAGGACUAUUCUCAUUCAUUUGUAAAUGUGUUGGUCCGUGGCGAGGCAGCGAUUGUAGUAUACCUGAUGCUUGCUAUAGUUUACCAUGUAAAAAUUCUGGUAAUUGUACUAAUGCUUAUGAUGAUUAUGUCUGCCAAUGUUCUUCUGCUUAUUAUGGAAAAAAUUGUGACAUUAAGUUUACUGACAAUCGCCCAGCGACUAACUAUUGUCGACUAAAUCCAUGUAUAUAUGGUACUUGUUAUUCUUUAUCAACAACUUAUUAUUGCUCAUGUCCGAAUCGUCGCUAUGGUAGCAGAUGUGAAAGCGUUCUAACUUCCCGUAGCGCCUACCAACGUGCAUUCAAUGAAUUAUUCGAUGGUAUGAAACGAGCUAUGACCCAUGAAACUGGUAGUGACGGCAAUAAUGACAAUGGUGAAAAUGGUGAUUAUCAUGACAAUGAUAACGAUAACGACAACAAUGAUGAGAACUAA